UUGGUUUUGCCUUUUACUGUGAUUAGGCAUGUAUGGCCCAGCUCACCUAUGAGUGAUGAAGAUCUUUCUUGAAAAUUUGAGUUGAGCAGAGAGAGCAUAAACCUCAUUCUUAAUUUGUAGUGAAAAAGAAAGUGUAGCUUUGUGCAGUAGGUGAACUAAAACCCUUCCCAAAACAACCACCUUGUCCAAGUCCACCCUAAAAACCUAACCCAAAGUCACACAUCAUUCCCAUCUUUCUAAUAUUUGAACAAAGUGCUGAUUAGCCAAGUCAUGGAUACAGAAGAUUUCAGCUUUCCCAGAAUUAGUGACACAUGUGCAUAUAGCAUUGAUUCACCUCCUCUGUGGAAUCUAUCACCAGAAGGCUCUUCUAAUCCCUACCAAGUCCUCAGAGAAGGAAACAAAGGAGAUGAAAAAGAUUGCUUUGAAGCAAAACUGGUCUCUGAGGGCCAAAGGAAGAGCUUUUCAUGUGUCCAAAAUGGAAAGAAAAUAAUGGGAGAAGAUGAUGAAGAGGCCCCAAUGGACUUGCUGUGGGAGGGUUUCAAUGAGGAGUUGUCUUCAACAACAGGAUUUGAUACCUCUUGUUCAAGGGAAUUGGUUGAAUUCAGAUGUGCUACAUCCUUAAAAGUAGCCAAAACAAAAGGUGCACUUGUUCAAACUAAAAAUAAACCUGCUAUGGUGGUGAUUGUGAAGGUCUUAAAGAAGCUAUUUUCCCUCAACAAUUCUCAAGGUAAACCCAGAAAGAGAGUGCUCUAGUUCUAUAUGGCUUUUGGGUUAGAUAGAUUCUUCUCUUUUCUUUAAGAAGAAAAUUGUUGGGUUAAUUAGAAGUCUUGAACUGUUUUUAUACUAUGAGGAGGUCAGUGGGCUAAUUCUGCCUCUCCCAAUUUAAUUUGUAUAUGUAAAAGUAAAUAUAAA